ACACGUACCAUUGGCUGAUAUAUUUUUUAAAGAAAGGCUUCGCCUGUGGAGGUUUUCCCCUCUCCUCCCUUGAGCGUAGUGGGCGGUACCUGUGUUUUCAGUCAAAACUGCAGUCUUGUGGCACCUCAAACACUUACAAUUUAUUAGAAGGCAGUUGCUGGUAUGCCUUUAAAUGCGGCCCUCUUCGCUUGAUAACGCCACUGGAGAAUGCAAAAUUGGAAUAAAUCCUAGCCAAGUUAUUUUGUUGUCCUUUUGUAUCCAGCGGGGGCCCUUGGUCCCUGAACUGUAUGUUCCUCGGAGUGCAGCCUUGCAGUUCAGGCAUGCUCAGAACCAGCUUCAGCUGCAAAUUUGCAAAAACAGCUUGAGCCUGGAGAGGAAAGGUGUGCUUUGGUUGAACAUAUGGAGGACACCAUCAUUCAGACAGCUCCAGCCUAUUGAGGGAAACAGAUGGAAAAGAUGCAGGAGUUAUGCUGUGAUGACUUGGAGGCAUGGUCUGCCCUUCCCUGGUAUCUUCUCAUGUCCCGUUUUCAGACACUUCGAUUUACCAAGGAAUGUAGCUGAACAUUUAUUUAUUGGGGACUUCUGCUACAAUAAACCAAGCCAUGGCGAGGAAUUGCUCUGGAUGUAAAGAGAAGAGGCCUGCACACAGUCUGUGUACUAACUGCAACAAGUGGCUAUGCAGCUUGUGUACAGAAGAGCACGGGCAUGGCAAGGAAACAGGAGACAAUUUCUUGCCUAUACCAUUGAAGGGAUGUUCAGGAGCUGAUGGGGAAACAAGUGAAUUUCCCUUGUUCUGCCCAAUGCACAGUCAAGAGACACUCAAACUGUUUUGCGAGACCUGCGACGCCCUCACUUGCCGCUGCUGCCUUCUAACGGAGCACAAGGAACACAGGUUCAGGCAUCUCCACGAAGCUUUACAAAACCAGAGAGCCAUCCUGGAAAAUGUGACGGCUAAAGUGGAAGAGAAGAAAAAUGGGGUGCAGGUCUCAGCCAAACAGAUUGAAGACAGAUUGUUUGAAGUAAAGCACUUGCAAAGGAAAGUGGAAAAUCAGAUCAAAAUGGCCAAGAUGCUCCUGAUCAGUGAAAUAAAUAAGAGAACGAAUGUUCUACUUGAACAGAUAGAGAGAAUCACCAGUGAAAGGAAGCAGAAACUGGAACAACAGCUUCAGGGCAUCAUGGUGUUAAACAGGCAAUUUGAACACGUGCAGAACUUUCUGAGCUGGGCAGUGUGCAGUAAAAACAGUGUUCCAUUCCUCUUCAGUAAGGAGCUGAUUGUGUUUCAGAUCCAGCGUUUACUAGAAACAAACUGUAAUACUGAUGCAGGUCCUCCUUGGAAGGUCAGAUUCACAUGGGACCCAUCUUUCUGGACUAAACAACUGUCCAAUUUAGGCCACUUGUCAAUGGAGGGGGGACCAAUCCAUCACUCAGAUGUGCCAUCCUAUGGAAGUAUGCAAGGAAUGCAGCCCUCCUUGUAUCAUCAUCACGGACAUCAUUCGCCAGCACCACAGCAUGACUCUCUCAACAACCAGUCCCACCAGUUUCAGCCUCCUGUUCAUUGCCCUACCCCUGUGUGCUGCACCCAUUGCCUUAACAUCCCACACAUGAAUAAAGGACAGCUUCCACAUCAAACCAUGAGCCAUGCUCAUUCCUUCCGACAGCCUCCUGAGAUGCAGCACCACCAGCAGCAUUUCCCGCUGCAGUAUAGCCAGCAGCAGCACGAAAGAGAACAGAGGUGCACCUCUCGACCUGUGAAAACACUGCAGCCUUGUGCCGAGCAGAAAUCUCACCAGGAGCACGAUAGCUUAUCUGCCAGGAUGGGAAAGCAUUCCCAAGAGCAGCCGUUGCAACAGGCAGCACAUCCCAUUUAUCCCCUUCCCCUGCAUGAUGGUCAACAAGGCCAGGCUGGACAUUCCCAGCAGCUGCCUGCGCAAUCUGCUCUGCACAGUCCGACAGUGCAAGUUCAGCUUGGUCCUCUCCAGAAGCUAAAGCUGAAUCACUUGCAACAGCAGCAGCAGCAGCAGGAACAGCCACCCUUGCCGCCGCUGCCGCCACUGUCACCACAGCAGUCAUCUACGACAGGUCAGAACGAGAAGGCUCACGAACAAGUGCUACAGCAGAGUUUGGACAUCAUGCACCACCAGUUUGAACUGGAGGAAAUGAAGAAAGAUCUGGAGCUUCUCCUCCAGGCUCAGCAACCGAGCCUGCAAGUGAAUCAGGCCAAGCAGCCUCAGCAUGUUCAGCAAACAAUUGUGGGGCAAAUAAACUACAUUGUGAGGCAGCCGACGGCAGUUCAGCAGCAAAGCCAGGAUGAAGCCCAGCAGGUUGUUGAAGAUUCCACUGAUGCAGAAGGUCAAAAACCAGCACUUCCUCUUGAUAGAAACAUGAUUCCACCCAUGUCACAGCCAUUGGAAGAUGCUAUUGUCAGUAUUCACUCCCCAGAGAGUACUUUGUUGAAUCCAGUCAGAAAGCGGUCAGCUUCACUGAACAUUGUGGGCUUUUCAAAUGCCUUAGACAUGGAGUUGUCUUCAGCAAGGGUAUCCAAGUCAGUUGAUUCACAGGCAAAAGAAAUAUCCACUGUAACAUCCGGUCAGCCCCAAAGUAUGCCAUAUACCUCUGACGUGCAGCCUGAAGUUUUGCCCAGUUACAGCCUGGCUUUGGAUAGAACUACAAAUGACCUGAACUCUGAUGCUCUUAGCCACUUAGCAACCGGUGGUGUGCCCCUGGGGAGCGCAGUUUGCAAGCUGGAGAACGAAGAAUUCAGCUCCAUGACUUACCCUCUUGGAAGUGAUUCUGUUGCUUCUCAGUCCAAAGACAUCAGUGAGUUAUCUCUUCCCAUGCAAAAUAUUCUGGAAGAGCCUAUUAAUCUUUCGGUGAAGAAGACGCAGCCAUGUGCCUCCCCUCCCAUACUUAUCAGCAAUGCUUCCUGCAUGCAGCCAGUUACUCCACAACCAAAACAUAUUGAAGACUGCCAUAACUGCGAAGAGGAACAUUUUGAUAUGGAAAUUAAAAGUAAUCAGAGUAACAGAGCUUGUGCCAAAGAGGUAAAAGUCCCUUAUGUGCGACUGGAACGACUGAAGAUAUGCAACUCAGAGUCUGGAGAACUUCCAGUAUUUAAACUGCAACCACAGAAGAGUGAACAUGAUGGAACUUUCUUGCUGAUAAUUGAAUGUGGUACUCAGUCUUCAAGCAUGGCUAUUAAGGUCAAUCAAGGAAAUCCACUUGAAAGACAUAAUCUCAAGCCUGAGAACAUGGAGGAAAGGAGAAUCCCCACAAGUCAACUGACAGAGCCAGUGUUGCAUCCUUCUGUAGAUCACAGGCUCAGUAAUAGUAUGAAAAAAUCUGUGCUUACCCAGGAAGACCACCCGAUUGAGAACGAGGACUUCUGUGCUGUUUGUUUGAAUGGAGGAGAGCUAUUGUGCUGUGAUUACUGCCCAAAGGUGUUCCAUCUUUCAUGCCAUGUUCCUGCCUUGCUCAGCUUUCCUGUAGGCGAAUGGGUGUGCACGCUUUGUCGCAAUGUGGAGAAGCCAGAGGUUGCGUAUGACUGUGAAAACACACGUUUUAGCUACAGUAACACGCUAAUGCCAGCGAGAGUACUUUAUGGCCUUGACGACUAUGAUCAGAAGAAAUGUGAGAAACUGAUACUUUCACUGCUCUGCAACAACCUGAGUCUUCCAUUCCACGAACCAGUCAGUCCUCUGGCUCGACAUUAUUAUCAGAUCAUCAAAAGGCCCAUGGACUUGUCCACCAUCCGGAAAAAGCUCCAGAAAAAGAACAAGCUGCAUUACUCCACCGCUGAUGAGCUGGUAGCAGAUGUGCGCCUAAUGUUCUGGAAUUGUGCAACAUUCAACUAUCCUGAUUCAGAGGUAGCUGAGGCUGGACGAUGCCUGGAAAUAUUUUUUGAAAGCAAGUUAAAAGACAUUUACCCAGAAAAGCAGUUCUGCUCGGUGCAGCAAGAUGACUCUGAUUCAGAGGAACAUGAAAAUAGCCAAGUGGCUCCCAAGGGAUUCCAGUGGCCCUCAUACAGACAAGAGUGUAUCCAGCCCAAAAGAAGGCGACGGCACGCUGAAAGUGAAAAAACUAAAAGACCAAUGUUUUGGCCAGCUAAAGGUCUUUCUCAGGUGUGACGUGUGGAGUGCUGCAAAGAACAAAACAUCAAUCAAAAUAAGAUGUGCGUAAGAGGGGAGUCAGAAAAUGUCUCUUAAGAUAUUUCACCUGAACUUCAUAGCAGUGGUCAAUCAAUUUCAUUUUUAGAUCCUAUGAGGAGAUUACAUUUUCAGUGUAAUGUAAUUUUAAUAGGUAGUAAGACAGCUAUAUGCUGUCUUAACAAUUUGUGUUUACACUACUGUUUUGUCAUAUGCAAUAGUUAUUAAUAAUAAAAGUAAGACAUUUGA